AUGGGCCUUCACAACCCGCUCCCGUCGUCCAUGGCGUCGGAAUGCAAGAAAUGCGGCAAAAUUCUGACCUCUUUUAUCGACCCUCGGCAAGCCUUCAGUCCCGACAAGAUCAUUCCUCCUUCUGUCCUCGCCAACGCGAAGGGUCUCGCGAUUCUUACAGUACUCAAAGCCGGCUUCCUAGGCUCCGGUCGCUUCGGUAGCGGUCUCGUCGUCUCACGACUUCCCGACGGAUCAUGGAGUGCGCCAAGCGCCAUCGGCACCGCCGGCGCUGGCUUUGGUGGACAAAUCGGCUUCGAGCUGACUGACUUCGUGUUCAUUCUCAACGACGCGAGCGCUGUCAAGACUUUCGCGCAGGCUGGUUCGUUGACGCUCGGUGGAAACGUCUCAAUCGCCGCCGGCCCCGUCGGUCGCAACGCCGAGGCCGCCGGUGCCGCCUCGUUGAAGAGCGUAGCGGGCAUCUUCGCCUACUCCAAGACUAAGGGCCUAUUCGCCGGCGUCUCGCUAGAGGGAUCCGUCAUUAUCGAGCGACGCGACGCGAACGAGAAGCUCUAUGGCACUCGCUACACCGCCGCCCAGAUCCUGACCGGCAGCGUCCGCUCUCCUCCUCAAGCCGCGCCGCUCAUGACCAUUCUCAACUCCCGCUCCUUCAAUGCCGGCCGCACUGCCCCGGGAAACGAUGCCAUGUACAACGACAUCCCUGUCUACGACCAGGGUCAUGACGAUGUGGUUUGGAACGGACGUCGGGGCAGUGGGUAUGGAGAGGGUGACGCGAACCAUCGCAGCAGUGUUUUCGGUCCUGGCCACGGCCCCAAUUCGGGUACCGACGGCGCCAGCGAGUUUGGCGGGCCUAAGAGAUCUAGUACAUGGCAGGAUGACGUCUAUGACCGGCCGAGCAAUGGAGGCGCCUUUGGUGGAGCGUUUGGUGGAUUGUCGCGGUCCAACACUGGAGUGUCACGGUCGAACACGUUGGCGUCAAGAGGAAGCCACAACGACGACUAUGUCUACAGGGACAACCCUUCGUCCAGCUUCAUCAACGAGCAAAAGACAGGCGCGCCUGGUAGACCUGCAGCGCCAAAGCCAAACUUCGGUUCAAAGACUGCUAUGCUCAAGAAGAACGAGGCAGUUGCGCUGUUCACAUUCGAGGCCGACCAGCCCGGUGACCUUGGAUUCAAGAAGGGUGACGUCAUCACAGUGCUCAAGAAGACAGAGAACGAAACCGACUGGUGGACGGGUAUGAUUGGCACAAAGCACGGCAUCUUCCCCAGUAACUACGUAAAAAUGCGUGAGUGA